AGCCCACCGCCAGUACCUGCAGAGCGGCCCGCGGCACGACUUCUCGCGCUACCGGAGCGCCGUGCACGAGGUGACCCAGGCCUUCGCCGCCGCCUCGCGCGAGGUGCUGGCGCUGGAAGCCGAGCUGGCCGGGCCGCGCGCGCAGCCGCUGCUCGCCGGCCACGUCCGCAGCCUCCAGCAGCUGGAGCAAUCGCGCCUGGUCACGGCGGCCACGCUGCAGCUGAUGGAGACUCCGGAGCUGGCCGAGCAAGAGGACCCUGCACAGACGCACCAGCUGAAGCUGAAGGUAAUUAAAACCAUGGAGGCGAUCGGCGAGGUUCUCCAGGACCUUAGGUUUGAUGCAGAAUCUGCAGAGUGAUGGUGGCUCCCCGGGGACGCCCUGAGAGGGCUGGGAAAUGAGGCCGGUGGCGUCCAGCCCAGCCGUGAUCGCCAGCUGGCCGAGGUCGCGGCCCCCGGGGGCCGGGGACCCCUCUGCUGCGGCACCGCCCACAAUAAAGAAGCCAGUGUCUGUA